AUGAGUCUACGUACUCUUCUUUGGGAAAAGAGGACUCCAAUUCCUGACCAAAAACUGAAAUUCACGUGGCCAUACGAGCUGCUCAAAACGCUGAUGACACCAGACCUGGUCUAUAACGAACUGAUCGUCUCAUCGAUAAACGAUAAGGAAGCAACGAAAUAUCGAGACAUCAUCCUAGGCGAAUACGAAAAGCGAUCAAGGACCUCCCCCGAGACCUAUCGCCGCGUCCUUGCCAUACUCCUCUGCCAAGGGCAGGUGAUGAACAUCGGCAAGUUUCUGGGGGAGAAGCUACACGACGGACUUUUCCCGUUGGACCGUACCGAAGGGCGCGAGAUUGCUCAGAAGCGUUUUAAUAAAUCACUCGGUUGGGAAGAUGAGGAUGUUGAAUACUUUAACAGCUCUGGAUUGAGAGUAUCGGCUGAUAGUGAUAUUGGGAGGAAGCAAUAG